AUGGAUGACGCGGAAGAGGGAGGUGGUUCAGACGGUGAGGAGAAGGAUGGUGGUACGAAAGCGAAUGGCGGCAGGAGGUCGAGGUCCGGAAGAGCGUGGAACGAUGGGGAGCUCUCGACUCUUCGUGCCCAAUGGAGCGAGCCACUGGUACGAGCCAGUGAGCAGCGAGCCAGCGAGCCAGCGAGCCAGCGAGCCAGUGAGCAGGAGAGGCUGGCCAAGCAGGAGAGGCUGGCCAGAGAGGCUGACCUGGGGGGGAAAAAAGCGAUUUUUUGA